CGGAUGGGACCGGGACAGAGAAUGGGCGCAGCCGCCAUGCACCGCCCCGGGCCCGGGCCGGUCUGCUGGGCGCUGCUGCUCGCCCUGGGGCUGUGCCGCGCGCACCGGGCGCGCCCCCGCCACGUGCUGCUGAUCCUGGCGGAUGACGGGGGCUUCGAGAGCGGCGCCUACAACAACAGCGCCAUCGCCACGCCGCACCUGGACGCCCUGGCCCGGCGCAGCCUGGUCUUCCGCCACGCCUUCACCUCCGUCAGCAGCUGCUCGCCCAGCCGCGCCAGCCUCCUCACGGGCCUGCCCCAGCACCAGAACGGGAUGUACGGCCUGCACCAGGGCGUGCACCACUUCAGCUCCUUCGAGGGCGUGCAGAGCCUGCCGCUGCUGCUCAGCCGCGCCGCCGUACGCACAGGCAUUAUCGGGAAGAAGCACGUGGGGCCGGAGGCGGUGUUCCCCUUCGACUUCGCGCACACGGAGGAGACGGACUCCGUGCUCCAGGUGGGCCGCAACAUCACCAGGAUCCGGCUGCUGGUCCGCGAGUUCCUGCAGACGGGGGACGGCAGGCCCUUCUUCCUGUACGUCGCCUUCCAUGACCCCCACCGCUGCGGGCACUCCCAGCCCCAGUACGGGGCCUUCUGCGAGAAGUUCGGCAACGGGGAGCGCGGCAUGGGGCGCAUCCCAGACUGGACCCCACAGGUCUACGACCCCCAGGAUGUGCAGGUGCCUUACUUCGUCCCCGACACCCCAGCAGCCCGGGCUGACCUGGCCGCCCAGUACACCACCAUCGGCCGCAUGGACCAAGGGGUCGGGCUGGUGCUGCAGGAGCUGCGGGCGGCCGGCGUCCUGAACGACACCCUGGUGAUCUUCACCUCCGACAACGGCAUCCCCUUCCCCAGCGGCAGGACCAACCUGUACUGGCCGGGCGCCGCGGAGCCCCUGCUGGUGUCGUCUCCGGAGCACCCGAGACGCUGGGGCCAGGUCAGCGAGGCCUACGUGAGCCUCCUCGACCUCACGCCCACCGUGCUGGACUGGUUCUCCAUCCCCUACCCCCGCUACGCCAUCUUCGGCUCCAAGACGGUCCAGCUCACUGGCCGGUCUCUCCUGCCGGCGCUGGACACGGAGCCCGCCUGGACCACCGUCUUCGGCAGCCAGAGCCACCACGAGGCCACCAUGUUCUACCCGAUGCGCUCCGUGCAGCGCGGGGCCCUGCGCCUGGUGCACAACCUGCACUUCAAGAUGCCCUUCCCCAUCGACCAGGACCUCUACGUGUCGCCCACCUUCCAGGACCUGCUGAACCGCACGGCGGCCGGCCGGCCCACACGCUGGUACAAAGACCUGCACGGCUACUACUACCGGGAGCGCUGGGAGCUCUACGACCUCCAACAUGACCCCCGAGAGACCCAGAACCUGGCUGCCGACCCGCGCUACGGCCCGGCGCUGGAGCUGCUGCGGGCCCAGCUGGCCAAGUGGCAGUGGGAGACCCAGGACCCCUGGGUGUGCGCCCCCGACGGGGUCCUGGAGGAGAGGCUCUCGCCCCAGUGCCAGCCCCUGCACAACGAGCUGUGAGCCGCACGCGCCCCUGCCAGGGAGGGCGAGCCAGCCUCGGGCACAGCACAGCCGCCUCCGCGUGCAGCCCAGGAGGGCGCUCCGGUGCUGGCCUCCUUCCCACCUCUGCCUGGAGGGGCACAGGGGGCGCGUCUCCACCGUGCCAUGGGACAUCGCCUCCAUAUCUGAGCCGUGUCCCAGCACAGGCAUUCCAAGGUGACCCAGGACAGGUGUGGACACGGGGUCAUUUCCUCGGUUGGGUCCCGGGACCCUCCUCAUUCUCCGGAGCCACAGAUGUCGGUGCCCUUCCCGUGAGAGGAGACGAGGGGCUGUGAGUGCCACGUGGGUGAAGGCGGGUCCAACCCCUCUGGGAGUGCAAUGUUGGUUUUAUCGGCCUCUGGCCCCGAAGACAGGACGCCCUGGGCUGGUUUCUAGGGGGGGGGGGGGGGGGGAGACUGCUCCCGGCUGGCUCCAAGCGGCAGGUCUGAGCCUGUGGGUGUCUAUCCUUUUGCUGCCCAGGGAUACCAUCCCGUCUGCAGACCGGUCCCUUCUGAGGAGGACACAGGUCUAACACAGACCCCCCGAAUGCUCCAGCCUCCCUCCCGGCGUGGAAGCAGAGGCUCUGCCCGGGAAAGCCGGAGAGUGCCUUCUCUCUGGAUGGGGCUCCUGUCGCCCGCCCUCCCCAUCUCCUCCCUCCUCGGGGCGAGGGUAAGCCACAGGCCAGAACACUGAACACGCUCAUUUUAGUAAAACAUGCAAGUCCGUUUCUGAGCUUGUU